UCCUCUAUGCAAGAGGUGUGUUGCUUCGAGCCGAGUGACAGCCCAACGCUUUUAUUGUUUUCAGCAUUUUUCUUCGUUCCACCUGUUAAUACUUCUCUCGUAUUUCCUUCCAGGAUCAUUACUCAUCUGCUGGGUGGAUUCAUACUUUGUCGUUUUUGCUUUUUUUUCUUUUCUUUUUUUUUUAACGUUCACAGUCUGUAGCUGAGAAGGGCUGACAGCCAGCCAGUGUUAGUCAGUUAGUCAGUCAACUCAAGUCGAGUCAGUCAGACAUUCAGUUCCUCAACUGUCAGGGCAGCAGCUGAGACAGCUGAGGGCGGAGUGUGUGUGUGUGUGUGUGUGUGUGUGUGUGUGUGUGUGUGUGCUCCGCGCGCCUCUCUCACCGAACGGGGCAUUCCGCCGGCCUCCCGCGGCAGAGCCCGGGGUUUCACCUUCUCAGAGAGAGACAGGAGAGGAGCGCGCGCCGCGGAGGGAGAGAGAGAGGGAUAGAGAGAGGGAGAGAGAGAGGAGAGCGGAGAGAGAGAGAGAGAGAGGGACGGGGUCGGCCAUGGAGCGCUGAGACCCCGGAGCACUGACUGAUGCCUGCGCAAGAGGAGAGGAGGAGGAGAACGGGAGAGUGGAGCCUCACGAUGAAUCGCAAAGAGACUAAGAGGAAAUCCCGGCACGACAGCCCAGGUGGGGGACGGUGUCGCCGGCGGAUGACCUGCCCCAGCCCCCGCGAGAUCCGCCAGGCCCUGCUGGAACCGACGACCAACGGCCUGGUCCGCGCGGCCAGCCUGGACGACCUCAUCCAGCGGUGCCUGCAAAGCUUCGACUCGGAGGGGAAGUUGAACACAGGCAAGGAGCUCGUGCGCAUGACCCUGAUGAUGCACAGCUGGGUGGUGCCAUCUCACGCCUUCGCACAGAAGCUUCUGUCUCUCUAUAAGGAGUGCUCUGUGGAGAGGAGGGGGCAGCAGCGGGCACAGAUCUGCCACCUCAUCAGGCAUUGGGUCAGCCAGUUUCCCGGCCUGUUCGAGAACAACCCCCCGCUGGAGCGCGUGAUGGACGACCUGUGGGCGUUGGUCAAAACAGAGGGGGGGGAGACUCACUGUCACCUGACCGACACCUCCUACCUCAACCUCCCGAUGAAUCCAUCACAAGCCCCCUCUCCCUCGGUGAAGAAGAGGAAGGUGUCCCUGCUCUUCGACCACAUGGAGCCGCGCGAGAUGGCCGAACACCUGAGCUACCUGGAGUUCAAGAACUUCUGCAGUGUUUCGGACCUGGACUACCGCAGCUACGCGGAGCGCGGCACGGUUCGGGGAAACCCGGCACUGGAGCGCUCGGUCAUGCUGUGCAACGGGGUGUCCCAGUGGGUGCAGCUGAUGAUCCUCAGCAGGCACACGGCCCAGCAGAGGGCCGAGGUCUUCAUCAAGUUCAUCCACGUCGCCCAGAACCUGCAAACCCUGCAUAACUUUAAUACUCUGAUGGCCGUCAUCGGCGGACUCUGCCACAGCUCCAUCUCUCGGCUGAAAGACACGGCCAGCUUCCUCCCCCCGGACGUCACCAAGACACUGAGCGAGAUGACGGACCUGCUGUCGUCCAGCAGUAACUAUGGCAAUUACCGGCGGGCGUACAGCGAGUGCUCGGGCUUCAAGGUGCCCAUCCUGGGCGUGCACCUGAAGGACCUGAUCUCCCUGAACGAGGCCCUGCCGGCCUACUUAGAGGACGACAAGAUCAACCUGAGCAAGCUGCAGCACCUUUACAGCAACAUCUCUGAACUGCUGGCCAUCCACAGCUCCCUUCCCCCUUUCCAGGCCAACAAGGACCUGCUGCACCUCCUCACGCUGUCUCUGGACCUGUGCUACACAGAGGAUGAGAUAUAUGAGCUUUCAUACGCCAAGGAGCCCAAGAACCCCAAGAUACAGACCGCUGCUCUGGUCAAGCCACCCGUGGUGGCGGAGUGGGGGUCAGAGGUCACGCCCAGACUAGACCCCGCCACCAUCUCCAGACACGUCAAGCAGAUGGUGGAAUCCAUAAUGAAGAACUACGACCUGAACCUGGACGGCUACAUCUCCCUGGAGGACUUUGAGAAGAUAGCCGCCAGCUUCCCCUUCUCCUUCUGCCCACACGAGAGUGACAGGCGAGGGCAGAUCAGCCGGGACGAGAUCACCUCGUACUUCGUGCGGGGCAUGUCGGUCUGCGCCAAGCUGGGCUUCAACUUCAUGCACAACUUCCACGAGACCACCUACAAGAAGCCCACCUUCUGUGACACCUGCGGCGGUUUACUGUGGGGAGUCAUAAAGCGAGGUUACCACUGUAGAGACUGCGGGGUGAACUGUCACAAGCACUGUAAGGACCAGGUUGGGCUGGAGUGCAUUAAGAGGUUCAAGGUCUCUGGCGGUUCCUGUCCCUGCACCCCCGCUCCUACCAGGGGGAAAGGACACAAUUGGAGCUCUGAGGAUGACACCUUUGUAUUUCCUUCCGGCGAGGACCCGACACACGCAGGGCAGACGAACGGGGACGGUUCCGCGCUUUCGGACCAGUCCACUCAGACAGACCCAGGGGUGUGGACGCCGGGGUCCGAGGACAGGAGAACGGACCCCAGCGCUCACACGGGCUCUCCCCGGGAAAAGAGCGGAGAGGCCCCAUGUGGCAGCCCCCACACGCACAGACCCCAGCCCCAGCAGGCGUCCCUGCCUCCACCGAGGACACGAGGGGCCUCCAUGCCCAUGCUCUUCCUGCAGGAGAAGAUGGAGGACAUGCACCUUCACAAAAGCAAGAGCCGAGACACAGACUGACCCUCUCUUACACACACACACGCGCCCCUGGACGUAGGAACUGGCAUUACCGGGAGUUCUUGCAGGACCCGCACGGAGAGCCUUUUGACGGACACCUGGCACGUGUCCCUGAUCAAUGGGGGCGGAGCCAAGCAUCAUACUGCCCACCCCACCUCCUCCCCUCCCACAGUUUGCACAGUUCAAAAGACUUCUGCUGAUACCAACCGGAUUUACACGUUGGUGGUCUUCUAUGAGGGUUAUACCCACUCAGAUGCACUGGAUUUUUCACCAGUUUGAUCUGGAGUUUCUCCUGGAUCAGGCUACAGGGGAUAUUACAUAGACUGCAAGACAUUUUUGCCCUCUCGUUAAGGUGCCAAGCUAAAAAAAAACUGUUCCGUUUUGACUUGUUUUCUUCAUGUUGAGGUACAAGUAGGCUAUGCGCUAACCAGGAAAAAAAUAGCACAACUACCCGUGGAGGUCUUCCUCUUCCUCCACCUCCAUACUCCUCCCUCUUUGUCUGUUCCUCUCUGCCUCCCUCCUGCUGAGCUCCAGUGGCGGGGAAUCGCCAACAAGAAGACGAAGCCCGGGUUCGUCACCACGGACAACCUACCAGUAUUGACCUCUGACCUUCUGGUCCUCUGACCUUCUGCUUCCUGCUCCGUGACUCUUCAGACUGGGGCCCUCACUUCAGUUGUGCAAGAAGGGUUGUGUGACCAGGGUUGUGUCCGAAACAGCCUACUUGCCCACUAUCGAGUACACAAGUUGCAUACAACUGGUAUACAUCUUGCAUACUCAAUAGUAGGCAAGUAAGCGGUUUCAGACUGGGCCCUUAUCACCAGGAAGCCACAGGGACAGGAAGUGUGAGUGGAAGCUGAAGUCUACACUGAGAUGUUAUAUCGAUCCCGAAGCCCUUUUUUUCACCAUUUACACCCCCCUCUCGUGUUCUCAACUUCUUUUUUUACAUUGACAUUGUAACAACCCAACUAAGCCCAGGACAAAGCGAAGUAGCUUGUAUUUAUUGCACAUGCAUUAAUUGACAGAACGACUUUCUACUUUAUGAAAACGAACUGCCGCCCCUGAGUGAGUCAAGGCACUUGUGCACGGGUUUUUUGAAAAGAAAAAAAAAAAAAA